AUGGCCAGCAAAGGUGGCCUCGGUCCGUUCACCUGUGACUGCGGACGACAGUACAAGUACCAGAAGAACCUAUCCCAACACAAGAGACUCGAGUGUGGUCGGGAACCCCGGUUCUCGUGUACUUUGUGUCCAUACAAAGCCAAGCAGAAGAGUGGAAAGCUUCCCUUCAGAUGCCUACUGUGCGGUCGCUCAUACACUCGAAGGGACAAUCUCACUCGUCAUCAGAAGUUCGAGUGCCUCACUGAGCCGCAGUUUGCUUGCACCGAGUGCCCGUACCGUGCUCGACAGAAGGUUCACCUCAAAUCGCACUUGGCCAUCAAGCAUGGAUCGGUCCCACGUCCGUAUAUCUGCGAGGACUGUGGAAGAUCGUAUUCUCGUAAGGACAACCUCCAUCGUCACCAGAAGCUUGAAUGCAACAAAGCUCCCACUUUUGCCUUUUGUGUCGUAGGACAGUACAGUAUCUUCGGGCAUGCAGUCCUAGGCGGAGAGAAGUUUGAAUGUUCGUCUUGUCAUCGAACCUACGCCUACAAGAAGAAUCUUCUGCAACAUCAGCCCGAAUGUCACAAGUGUACAUGGUGUCAGCGAGUGUAUCAGCACAAACACAACUUGAUUCAGCAUCUUCAGCACUACUGCGGCAAAGGAGCUCAGUUUCCGUGUCCUCAUUGCUCUUACAAGGCUACUCAGAAAGGGUCGCUAAAACGCCACCUGUGUUUGAAGCAUAAUCAAUUGAUGACUGACGGUGUAACUUUUGAAGUGCUCCAAGACAAAAGCGGAAGCAACAGUCAAUACCAGUGUCUUGCGUGUACACGUAUCUACCUGCACAAGGAGAAUCUCAUAGACCACCAGAGGUUUGAGUGUGUCAAAGGCCUAUACAAGUGGCACAGCUCCAUGUCAACAUGA